UCCCGGCCGCUCGCUCCCGCAGGCGGACUUAACCCCGCGCGCCUGGGAUGCGCCGGGGAUGCGCGUCCUCCGGCCCUGCGGCUCCUCGCGGCUGGGCGCCGGGCGAUGGAGCUGAGCAUGAAGAAGUUCACCGUGCGCAGGUUCUUCUCCGUGUACCUGCGCAAGAAGUCGCGCUCCAAGAGCUCCAGUCUUAGCCGACUCGAGGAGGAAGGCAUCGUGAAGGAGAUUGACAUCAGUCAUCAUGUGAAAGCAGGCUUUGAAAAGGCCGACCCUUCCCAGUUUGAACUGUUGAAAGUUCUGGGACAAGGGUCCUAUGGAAAGGUGUUCCUGGUGAGGAAGGUCAAGGGCUCGGAUGCUGGGCAGCUCUACGCAAUGAAGGUUCUUAAGAAGGCCACCUUGAAAGUUCGGGACCGAGUCAGAUCGAAGAUGGAGAGAGACAUUUUGGCAGAAGUGAAUCACCCUUUCAUCGUAAAGCUUCAUUACGCCUUCCAGACGGAGGGAAAACUCUAUCUGAUUCUGGACUUCCUGCGCGGAGGAGACCUCUUCACCAGGCUCUCCAAAGAGGUGAUGUUCACGGAGGAGGACGUCAAGUUCUACCUGGCGGAGCUGGCCUUGGCUUUAGACCACCUGCACAGUCUGGGGAUCAUCUACAGAGACCUGAAGCCGGAAAACAUCCUCCUGGACGAAGAGGGACAUAUUAAGAUCACAGACUUCGGGCUGAGUAAGGAGGCCAUCGACCAUGACAAGAGAGCCUAUUCAUUCUGCGGGACGAUCGAGUACAUGGCGCCCGAGGUGGUGAACCGGCGGGGCCACACGCAGAGCGCGGACUGGUGGUCUUUCGGCGUGCUCAUGUUCGAGAUGCUCACGGGGUCGCUGCCGUUCCAGGGGAAGGACAGGAAGGAGACCAUGGCCCUCAUCCUCAAAGCCAAGCUGGGCAUGCCGCAGUUCCUCAGCGUGGAGGCUCAGAGUCUUCUGAGAGCCCUCUUCAAACGGAACCCCUGCAACCGGCUGGGUGCUGGCCUGGACGGCGUGGAGGAGAUCAAGCGCCACCCUUUCUUUGUCACCAUCGACUGGAACAAGCUGUACAGGAAGGAGAUCAAGCCGCCCUUCAAGCCGGCGGUGGGCAGGCCGGAGGACACCUUCCACUUCGACCCCGAGUUCACGGCGAGGACGCCCACAGACUCUCCCGGCGUCCCGCCCAGCGCCAACGCCCACCAUCUGUUUAGAGGAUUCAGCUUUGUGGCCUCCAGCCUGGCCCAGGAGCCCUCGCAGCAAGAUGGGCCCAGAGCCACCGUUCACCCCAUCGUGCAGCAGUUACACGGGAACAACACCCGCUUCACCGACGGCUAUGAGGUCAAGGAGGACAUCGGGGUGGGCGCCUACUCCGUAUGCAAGCGCUGUGUGCACACGGCCACAGACGCCGAGUACGCCGUGAAGAUCAUCGAUAAGAGUAAAAGGGACCCCUCGGAAGAGAUCGAGAUCCUCCUGCGGUACGGCCAGCACCCCAACAUCAUCACCCUCAAAGACGUCUACGACGACGGGAAGUUCGUGUACCUGGUGAUGGAGCUGAUGCGGGGUGGGGAGCUGCUGGACCGUAUCCUGCGGCAGAGGUGCUUCUCGGAGCGGGAGGCCAGCGACGUGCUGUGCACCAUCACCAAGACCAUGGGCUACCUCCACUCCCAGGGGGUCGUUCAUCGGGACCUGAAGCCAAGCAAUAUUCUGUAUAUGGACGAGUCUGGAAACCCCGAGUCCAUCCGAAUCUGUGACUUCGGGUUUGCCAAGCAGCUGCGAGCCGAGAACGGGCUGCUGAUGACCCCCUGCUACACAGCCAACUUCGUUGCCCCGGAGGUCCUGAAGCGGCAAGGCUAUGACGCGGCCUGUGACAUCUGGAGUCUGGGGACCCUGCUGUACACCAUGCUGGCGGGAUUUACCCCUUUUGCAAACGGACCAGAUGACACCCCUGAGGAUAUCUUGGCCAGGAUUGGCAGCGGGGAGUACGCCCUUUCCGGCGGAAACUGGGAUUCCAUAUCUGAUGCGGCAAAGGAUGUCGUGUCCAAGAUGCUCCACGUGGACCCUCACCAGCGCCUGACAGCGGUUCAAGUCCUCAAACACCCGUGGAUUGUGAACAGAGAGUACCUGUCCCCAAACCAGCUCCACAGACAAGACGUCCACCUGGUGAAGGGAGCGAUGGCCGCCACCUACUUCGCUCUGAACAGAGCCCCCCAGGCCCCGCGGCUGGAGCCUGUGCUGUCCUCCAGCCUGGCCCAGCGCCGGGGCAUGAAGAGACUCACGUCUACGCGGCUGUAGCCGAGCCCGGCGCCCGCUCAUCCUGCACCUUCUCGGGCAGCCGGGGAGGAUCCAGGCGGCUGUGGAUCCGACGCCUGGCCGUGCGACCUUGCCAUCUCCGCCCCCAGCCAGCCAGAGCGAGUCCUUCCACCGCGGCCCGUGCCGAGCGCCUGGCGGCUCCUCCAGCCCGUGGGCCUUGCACACUCGUGGCUUGUGCUUCCGUGGAGAGACGUGUUUUCCAGUUAUAGAGUCAGUACCCUGCUCUGCUUCCCGCACACACAGCCCAGGCGGCACGGUGCGAAGGUGACGGUUCACGGCGAGCCCUGGGGGCCCGGCCUCUGCGCCCCGCCCUUGCCCACGGCUGAGUGACCGGCGGGCACAGAGCACCUAGGAGCAGACGCCCGGCCCCUCCGGAUGAUCCAAAGAGCCCUUGUCUCCUUGCCCCCACUCGGGGCUGCGGCCCCCAUGUUCUCUCCUGUUGCAGAUCUGAUGGGGCGAGGCCACCCCGGCACGGGGAGCAGCACCUUCGCCUCGGUGGCCACGUUUCGCAAGAAUCGCUCGCGUCCCCGGGAGGGAGCCGGCCAAACUUGUGCCCGUGUUUUCGCGUUCUCCUGAGGACCGGG